AUGAUUGCGCGGUCGGCGCUGGACGAGGUCACCUACACGGGCGACUUCGACCGGUCGCCAUCCACCUUCCGGAGCUCCGUUUCUAGGGACGGGCGGUUCCCCACCGUGGCAGGGCGGUACCACCUCUACGUCUCGUACGCGUGCCCCUGGGCAUCCCGGUGCCUCGCCUUCCUCAAGCUCAAGGGCCUCGACCACGCCAUCGGCGUCACGGUCAUGAAGCCCAUCUUCGAGCGGACCAAGGAGAGCGACGAGCAUCUGGGCUGGGUGUUCCCCGCCGUCGCCGACGAGGAGCCCGGCGCCGAGCCCAACCCUCUCAACGGCGCCUGGAGCGUGAGGGAGCUCUACGAGAUUGCCAGCUCCAACUACGCCGGGAAGCCAACCAUCCCCGUGCUGUGGGACAAGCAGCUGAAGACGGUGGUGAACAACGAGAGCUCCGAGAUCAUCCGGAUGCUCAACGCCGAGUUCAACGGCAUCGCCAGGAACCCCGGGCUGGACGAGUUCUUAUUUCUGUUCCUAUUGGAACUAAGUGCUUUUGGAUUUGUCAAAUUUCGCUACCUUGAGGAUGCUACAGUUGCCAAGCGCGAGAUGAAUCAUCAAGUCAUUGGUGGUCGAGAAAUUUCAAUAGUUUAUGCGAGGAGAAUCAAAAAACGCCACAAGAAAUGUGCAUGA